AUGGGACGUUCGAAGCGCCAUCUAAUGAAGCUAUUCUGUCAGUGUGUGUACGAUCGUUGUAAAUAAAGUAACGUGUAAAGUAAUGCAAAAUGCCGAUCUUAGAUAAACGUAAAGGAGAUGACAUUUUAGCACUAGUUCCUGCUUCGAAAAGGACUAAAAAUGAGGUGGUCUUCAGCAGCAGAGAAAAAGCAGUCGUACAAAAUGGUCCACCCAGAACAUCUUCAUUGUUUGCACCAAUUAUGCUUCUGGAGGGACAUCAGGGAGAUAUCUUUUCUCUUGAAUUUCAUCCAGAAGGACAAUACCUUGCUUCCACUGGAUUCGAUCGACAAAUCUUUAUUUGGAAUGUUUAUGGAGAAUGUGAAAACAUCUCUGUGAUGACUGGACACAGUGGUGCAAUUAUGGAACUACAUUUUAGUCCUGAUGGCAGUCAUUUAUACACUGCUAGCACAGACAUGACACUAGGUUUAUGGGACAUAGUUGCUGGAACUAGAGUCAAGAAACUAAAGGGUCACACUUCUUUUGUUAAUUCUGUCUCUGGUGCAAGGAGAGGCCUUACUCAACUUUGUUCUGGCAGUGAUGAUAGUACAAUACGUGUGUGGGAUCCUAGAAAAAGGGGACAAUGUUAUACCUUAAACAACACAUACCAGGUCACAGCUGUUACAUUUAAUGACACAGCAGAGCAAGUAAUAAGUGGUGGAAUAGAUAAUGACAUAAAAGUAUGGGAUCUAAGAAAGAAUGCUGUCCUUUAUAAACUCAAAGGACAUUCUGAUACAAUUACUGGACUUAAUUUAAGUCCAGACGGAUCAUACAUACUUUCUAAUGCUAUGGAUAACACAUUGAGAAUUUGGGAUGUGAGACCAUUUGCUCCCUAUGAACGAUGUGUUAAAAUUCUUUCUGGACAUCAACAUAACUUUGAGAAGAAUCUCCUGAGGUGUGCAUGGUCACCAGAUGGCAGCAAAGUGUCAGCUGGAUCAUCGGACAGGUUUCAUUAUGUGUGGGAUACUACAAGUCGUAGGAUAUUAUAUAAAUUGCCUGGCCAUAAUGGAUCUGUUAAUGACAUUGAUUUUCAUCCCAAGGAACCAAUUGUUUGUUCCGGAUCUAGUGACAAACAAAUAUAUCUAGGUGAAAUUGAGGUUGCUUAACGUCCACUUUAACUUACGACGAAUUUUAUAUUUUUAGGACCAUGUAUAAAAAAUAAAAUAAUUUAAGGCACGUG